GACAUUUUAAAUCCUGUGCGCCACAUCAGUUCUGCGUGACAAAGUUAUUGGUACUUCAGCCACUCAAAUUUUGCUUGUGGGUACUUAGACUGAGCAAUCAUGGCCGCGGCGUUAGCCAAAGUGAGAAGUUUAUCCUCUCUUAAAGGGACGCAAAUAACGCCGCUUACAUCAAGGCUUAUAUCAACGAGCGGAACACAUCAGGACAGCAAUGAAAGUUGGUUCAGCAAAUUACUGGUACGAAAAAUCGAACCAACAAAAGAAUCUCAUUCGAGGUUAUUGUCAGAUAAGGAAGUUAUUUAUGAACUCCAGACGCAUAACAUGAGGCCAGAUUCCGUUGACAGCUAUCUAAAAAACUACAAGGAAAAUGUUGAUUUAAUACAGUCAAGAAAUUUGUCCUGUGAAUUAGUAGGCAGUUGGACAGUUACUGUAGGUGAUUUGGAUCAAGCUUUACAUCUUUGGCGAUACACUGGUGGAUUUACAAGUAUAGACAAAGCCAGGAAAGAACUGUUACAAGAUCCGGAAUUUGUGCGGCUGCAGAAGGAAAGAGGGAAGAUGCUACGAUCACGGCACUUGCAAUACGUCCUGGCAUUUAGUUACUGGCCACCAGUCCGUCCACGAAAUGGGCCAAAUCUUUAUGAGAUUAGAAGUUACAGACUGAAGCCAGGUACCAUGAUUGAGUGGGGAAACAACUGGGCCAGAGCAAUAAAUUAUCGCAGGAACAAUGAUGAGCCCUUUGCAGGCUUUUUCUCACAGAUUGGAAGACUGUACAAUGUACAUCAUUUUUGGUGCUACAAAGACUUGCAGACACGCAAAGAAACCAGAGAGGCCGCUUGGAGAUCACCUGGGUGGGAUGAGUGUGUCGCAUAUACUGUGCCACUCAUUCGCGACAUGCAUACGAGAAUUCUGCUGCCUACAGAAUUCUCUCCAACAAAGUAAUAAAUGCUUUUUGGUAGCUGUAGUAUGAAAUGAGAGUACGGAGUGGGCACAUACUUCGAGAAGGAAAGUCGAGUUGCAUUUGUAGGAAGUGGCACAUGAAUUGUUGGUUUUUAGACCGAUGCUUCAGUUUUUAAAUCUGAUAAACAAAUGGAUCAUGUUGUAUCCUACCAUGUAAAUAUGUUUUGUAAAUGAAAUAGUGAAAUGUAUCCAUACCAAAGUGAUGUAGUGAUCAGUGUUCUCCAUGGAAUUCUUGACUCUGUUUUAAAAUUUCCUGCUUGUUACUUUGUACUUUCUUAUCAUCUUUUAACUUUUUGAAAUGCUUAUAUUUUAAUAUCUUUGAUUCUUUAUGUAUAGCCAUAAAAGAAUGGAUUUAACAUUUUUAUGGCAUCAUGUAUCGUGCUGAAACAGUUACUUUCCUCUUAGAUUGUGUGUUUGUACAAAUAUUGCCAUGAAAUGUAAUAAGAAAUUGAAAUAGCUCUAUAAAUAAAAGUUAUAGACUAAAAAUAACAGAAAA